AUGGUCAACCCUCCAUUUCCAAGACAAACACCAAACUCACCCCAUCCCCCUCAUUCAUCAUCCUCCAAUCAUGGAUCACCCUCAACUGCCCAUUCCCAACUUCAUCACCAUGCCACUCGUAAACCUUCAAUUGUAGAGUUAUUAAGUUCACCACCUCCAUUACCUAAUGAUCAAGAUGAUUCAAUUCAUCAUUUGAGUUUAUCAAGAAAUACCUCAAUUAGUUCAAGAAGUUCUUCUCAUUUAGGACAACCCCCACCCCUUGCCCAUCUAGGGUCAGGAUCAGUUGUUGGGAGUACAGCAAUAAUGGAUUGGGGUGAGAUUCCAUUGAGUGAAUUAACUGAAUCUAAUAAAUUGAUUAGUAUUAGUAGUUCAGAUUCGGUUCAAAGUGCUUUUGAAACUUUAUUAUCUCAUAAUUUAACUUCUGUACCUGUAUCUAUAAAUCAAGAAGAUCCAACUGAUUUAAGGAAUUGUUUAACAUUUGAUUAUAGUGAUUUAAAUACUUAUUUAUUAUUGAUUAUGAAUAAAAUCCCAUUAUCUGAAUUAUCAAUUGAUGAAAUUGGUUCACCAACUGAUGAUAUUGAAAAGAAACAUGAAAUUAUUAUUCAAACUAUAAAUAAAGCCAAAAAGGGUGAAGAAGUCCCAGUUGAAUUUAUUAUUAAAUUACAUCCCAAAAAUCCAUUUAUAAAAUUUACUGAAUCUGAUUUAUUAUCAAUAGUGAUGGAAACUUUAGGUAAUGGAGUUCAUAGAAUUGCAAUUACUGAUGAGUCAGGCGAUAAGAUUACUGGUAUUUUAUCACAGAGAAGAUUAAUUAGAUAUAUGUGGGAAAAUGCCAGAAGAUUUCCAUCUCUUGAUUUUUAUUUAACUUCAACAUUACAAGAUUUAAAAAUUGGUUCAAAUAAUCCAAUUACAAUCUAUGAAGAUCAAUUAUUAAUUGAAGCAUUAUUAAAAAUGUUUAAUGAACGAGUUUCAUCAUUAGCAGUAAUUGAUAGAACAAGAUCACUUGUUGGGAAUAUUUCAAUUGUUGAUGUUAAAAAUGUAACCAGUUCAAAAAAUUCCCAUUUAUUAUUUAAAUCAGUAUUGAAUUUCGUUAGUUAUAAUUUAUCUCAAAAGGGGAUUGAAGAAGGACAAGAUCAAUUCCCAAUUUUCCAUGUAGAUCAACAAAGUUCAUUAGGUAGAGUGAUUGCAAAAUUAGUAGCUACUCAAUCUCAUAGAUUAUGGAUUGUUGAUAGUCGGAAACCUUCCGGAUCAGGUACUCCAUCUUCUUCCACAUCCACCACCAAUAAUAAUCAUAAUACACCAGUUACUGUUGAAGGGACAUUAACCGCAUCAGAAAAGAAUUCAAUCCCAACCACCCCCACUGAACAAUCUUAUGGAUUCCCCGGGAAAUUGAUUGGAGUAGUUUCUUUAACUGAUAUAUUGGGCUUAUUUGCCACGUCAAAGGGUAAGAAAACAGAUCCUCAAUUUGCAAGAAAUCAAAGAAGAAGAAGUUCAAGUUCUACAACCAGAUCAUCAAUUGAUAGUGGCAGUGGUGGUGAUGGGAGUACUAGUGUAAGAGUUCAUGGUGAUACUAGUGAGAUUUUUAGGAAAUCUUAUUGUAAACAUGAAAAUGUGUUUUCUUCUAAAGAUUGA